AUGUGGAAAGGAGACACUGUGAAUGUUUCUGUGACGCUGCAACGUCCCGGCUCGCCCCAGCAUGCCAGCCCUCAGGUACUGAGGACGAGGAAGGGGAAAGACCACAGUGUUUCAGCCUAUAUAGAGAGCAAAGAGCUAUUAGCACUGUACGUAUAUGAAUACCUGCUCCAUGUAGGAGCACAGAAGUCAGCCCAGACGUUUUUAUCAGAGAUAAGAUGGGAAAAAAACAUCACACUGGGGGAGCCCCCAGGAUUCUUGCAUUCCUGGUGGUGUGUGUUUUGGGAUCUCUACUGUGCAGCUCCAGAAAGACGAGAAACAUGUGAGCAUUCAAGUGAAGCAAAAGCAUUUCAUGACUAUAGUGCUGCAGCAGCUCCCAGUCCAGUGCUAGGAAACAUUCCCCCAGGAGAUGGCAUGCCAGUAGGUCCUGUACCACCGGGGUUUUUUCAGGGGGACAUGGGAGCCAAGUUGAGUUUACACUACAUCUCAUUUCCAUACUGUAUGUCAAAUGAGAUAAUUGCAGGUGGAAGGACUGAACCUUUCAUGUCCCCUCGGUACCCUGGAGGUCCAAGGCCACCUUUAAGAAUACCCAAUCAGGCACUUGGAGGUGUCCCAGGAAGUCAGCCAUUAUUGCCUAGUGGGAUGGACCCAACACGGCAGCAAGGGCAUCCAAACAUGGGUGGGCCAAUGCAGAGAAUGACUCCUCCACGGGGAAUGGUUCCAUUAGGACCACAGAACUAUGGAGGUGCAAUGAGACCCCCACUGAAUGCUUUAGGCGGCCCGGGGAUGCCUGGAAUGAACAUGGGUCCUGGGGGUGGCAGACCUUGGCCAAACCCAACCAAUGCCAAUUCUAUACCUUACUCUUCAGCGUCUCCUGGGAACUAUGUAGGUCCUCCAGGAGGUGGGGGACCACCUGGAACGCCUAUCAUGCCUAGUCCUGCAGAUUCAACCAACUCUGGAGACAACAUGUACACUUUAAUGAACGCAGUACCACCUGGACCCAACAGACCUAAUUUUCCAAUGGGGCCAGGGUCAGAUGGACCUAUGAGUGGACUAGGUGGAAUGGAUUCACACCAUAUGAAUGGAUCAUUAGGUUCAGGAGACAUGGACAGUAUUUCCAAAAACUCUCCCAGUAAUAUGAGCAUGAGUAAUCAGCCUGGCACUCCCAGAGAUGACGGUGAGAUGGGUGGAAACUUCCUAAACCCUUUUCAGAGCGAGAGUUACUCCCCUAGCAUGACAAUGAGUGUGUGAUCCAUUAACAAGUCUCGCCAUGAAGACCACAGUGAGUUGGCCCUCUUCAGAGAGCUACUGCAGAAGAAAAUUAUUCGUCCCAGUGUACAGUUUAACAAAAGGAUCUCAGACACAAUCAAACUCGCCAUUUUUCUUUCUGCCAUCUCCCCCGUUUUGUCAAGACAGUGGGUCCCAAACAUGAUUGAGACAACUGUAAAAGAGUGGCGUAACAGAAGAUGGAGCUGCAAACAAUUAUCUGUGUAUGUACAUGUGUGAGUUAAUGUAUAUUUAUGUGUGUGUGAUACAGAAACACACACAUACAUAUAUAGACCCACAGAACAGUAUAAAAUAUUAUCACAUGGCAUCUUAAGUAGAAAUGAGAAGUAGGGACUUCUUUUCCAUUUUAAUUUUUUUUUUCACGUUUACAUUUUAAUUAUUAAAAUUUGCUUUCCCUCUCCCCUCCUGAACUGUUUUAUGUUGCAUAUAUCACUGCAUAUUUUUUAAGGUGAACUCAAAUGAUAAAUUCUUCUGAUUUUGUAAAUGUCUGCCAUUAUGGAUAGGAAUAAAAUUGCUUAUAAGAGCUUUCAUUAACUUGUGUUUGAUACCAGUUACCCUGUGAAUCACAAACUGUGCUGUCUCAAGAAACAGAAGAAAGCUCAUCUUAAUUUUUUUGAGAAAUUUAAUAAUUUUCACCUAGUUAGAUGAUUUAUUUUUUUUAAUACUUUGCCUUUAAAAAAAUAAACAAGCACUGAAGGUUAUUUUUCUUCUUUAAUUGAAGCCUAUUAUCUGCAAUAUCUAUUUUAAAAGGAAGCCUGAAUUUGAUACAAGCUUCUCAGUUUAUACAGAGUACUAUAAGAUUACUGUAAGU